CCAGGGAGCUAGCAGCUACACGGAAAAGGCGAAAUAAUCGCUGAGAGGAGCAGAAAUCCUCCAACUGCCGCGUUGUUUUCAGUGAUGUAGAGAGAAAGGACUGAGUUGCGCUUUAAUAAAACAGCAGGACCCAUGACCCUGACACGAGGUUCCUUCAGCUACUCCAAUGGCGAGGAGUAUCACGGCGAAUGGAAAGAAGGUCUGCGUCAUGGCCUGGGUCAGCUGACCUUCAGCGAUGGGACGUGCUACACCGGACAGUUUGAGAACGGCCUCUUCAAUGGCUGCGGGGUGCUGGUCUUCCCCGACGGCUCCAGGUAUGAAGGUGAAUUUGUGCAGGGCAAAUUUCAAGGCGCCGGCGUGUUUACUCGCUUUGAUGGGAUGAGAUUCGAGGGCGAGUUUAAAAGCGGAUGUGUGGACGGCUACGGAGUGCUGACGUUUUCGGACGGAGGCCCCGGUGGCGGCGGUGGCAGCCAUGAGGGUCUGUUUGAGACCAGCCAGUUGAUGAGGAGGGAGAACAGCCAGGGAGCCGUGCAGAGAGCGCAGGCAGCAGCCGCCAAGGCCCGAGCUCUGGCCAUGUGACCUGGACUACAUCACCCACAGUGCCCCACUACCAAGAUAAUCUUCCCCAUCAUCAUCCUCUUGGUUUGAAUAGCUGAUAAUGUUAUUUAUUAAGAGAUUUCAUUCUUUUCUACAGUUUUUUCUCAUUCACUUUAUUUGACUGCUGUAAUUUAGCAUGCAGUGGAUUAUUUUUUAAGAUUUUGUAUAUUUUAUUUUUCAUUUCUGAAACGUGCAGUAUUCCCUGGAGCAACAUGAGUGACUCCAGUCAGCUGAUAUGUGUUCACUGGAGAUAAUUCUCUUUUAUUGCGUCCCAUUUGAAAGCCACUGAUUUAGGAUCAGCUAAGCCAAACACAGAUCAACUGCUCAAUCAACACACUGGUGCUAAAUCUGCUUCAGGCUCAGCUAACCUGACAAAACACAACUCUGGAUUCAAAAAUGCAUACAGACGUUUUCCAGUAAACACUGAUUUGGUGAUUUAAAAAAAUCUGGGUUUAAACCUGAAUACAUGUGGUUAAUUUAAGUUUAAAGCAGUUUAGGGGUUUGAUUGCAUUUUUACAUCACCAGUUUGUAUCUCUGUAUUUUUAAAUCUGUUCAUCAGAUCUGAAUCCUUUCAUAUCCCCGACUGAAUCCCUUAUUGAUUCUAAUUAGGUUCAGCUUUUAACAUGUUCAAGUAAUUAAAGGUAAAAAUAACUAAAACUCAAACAAUCAUUCAAGAUCUGUAAUUAUCUUUUGUUACGUGAGAAGGAAGUUGGUUUUUUUCUAGCAGUCUUAUUAAUGUUUACAACCUAUAGAUACAACCUGAAAAUGAGAUGAGCUGCAGAAAAUGUUGAUUAAAGGUGUCUGAAAUAACAGCUGUAGCUUACCCUUUUAGUGCGCCUUAUUAACAAGCUCCAUGCAGCAACUUGUGUAGGUCCCAAAGUUAAUAAUCUUAACAUAUUGAUAUGACACACAAAAGAAGUAAAAACAAAUAUGACUACUUAAAUUGGAGUGACAAUAUGCGUGAGAUUUAAUUUAAUUUAAUUUGUAGUGAAUUUUGGACUCUUUCUGUCUGUGAGGGACAAAUAGACUCAGCUAAAUUUACUUUCACUUCUAAUCAAAACAUAUUUUAAAGGAUCAGUGUGAAGGAUUUAGUGGCGUCUAGUGGUGAGGAUUGCAGACUGCAGCCAGCUGAAACUUCAGCCAUGUGCCAAGUUUGAACUCAAGAUUAGCGUUCAUUGUUCAGGAGGUUUUACUGGGACCUGAAUUAUCCGCAGAGGUCUCUUCCUCUCCAAAACAAACAGACCUGGUGAUGUAAACUGGUAAAAACACUAAAGCCCCGUCUACAUGUACACAGAUAUUUGUAAAAAAUUUAUAUUUUCCUCUACAUUUUGGCCUCUUGUCCACACGCAAACAAAGUUUAGGUGUGUAUCUGUAUGGACAUGUAAAACAGAGCAUUAAGGACACAAUUAUGUCAUUAUUUUAAUUCGUAUUUGGUCCACCUCAGCAUCUGCGUUUAAUUUAUACUCCCUUUACGUACGAAAAUAGAUACGUCCGUUUCAAAUGCUGUAAACAUCAUUGCCCUGAAACUUCCAUAUGUCCUUUAUGAUGCCAUAGAUACAGCCAAUAGGUGGCACUAGAGGGCAGAGUCAAAAGUUUCAGACAACAGCAAAUGCGGAGACAGUGGAAGAGGUCGUAAUGUUGUACCUUUAAACAGAGGCAGUGUUGUAGAUGGCAGAGGUUUGUGCAGCCAUGUGACGUUACAUCCCGACAUGUGGACGGAGAAUUCUUUCAGAACGAAAUGAAGAAAGAGUACGGAAAGAAGACUUCGUAUGUCUCUGUCUCCAUAUCUAAUGCUGAGCAUGUAUGAGCCCUUAAAGAAACAACAGUUUUGGGAUAGGAUCAGUCGGAGCAGAUGGUGGGACACUAGAGUGGGAUUAUUGUUGAUAAGGAGUGGAAGGAAAACUUUUGCAUGUCCAGAGCAUCACACGUAUCUUUUGAGUAAACGGUAAUGAGAUCUCCAGUUUUGAAAAAGGCAACGUUAGCCUGUUUAGUGUCAGGAUACACUGCUGAAGACAGCUAACGCCAGCGAGUGUUUGGAGUCGUUUUUGCGUUGUAGUAUGGACAGAGAUAAUUUGUAAAGAAGUCUGUGUGGACAGAAUUAUUUUUUCAAGCGUGUGGGGGAAAUAUCAGUUUUAAAAAUAUAGAAAUACAUGCCUACAGGCCUAGAUAAGGCAGUUUUAUGUUAAAAAUCAGAGUUUUCCCAACACUGUUCAGCUUGUCGCGCAGGGGCUGCUAACUACAGUGGCCUAUCCAGAGCCAGUUUCAGUUUUGUCCACUCUGGGCUACUGUAGAAACAUGGUGGUGCAAUAUGGCAGAUUCCGCGAACAAGGACCCGCUCCCUAUGUAGAAACGAAUAGCUCAUUUUUAGGGAACAAAAGAUGGUUGUUAUUUUCAGGUGAUUAUACACACCACCUCUGUCAAUAUAUUCCCCUAAAUCCCACACACUUGACCUUUAACCUUCGAAUUGCCAAAUCAGUGUUUACUGGGUUUCCUGCCUUCCUCUUUAAAAAAAGCAUGUGUUCUGACAUCUGACCUUAUUGGUGCUCUACUGCAGAAUUAAAUACAAACUGUUUAACAUAAGUUUGUGGAAUGUCAGAGGGGUGUAGAUCUUGGCUAAAGUAAAUGUGAGCAGUGUCUUUUGUUGUUUUCUUUCACUCAGUGCCGUUACAGCUCAGUCUGAUCACAGAUCAGCGGGAACAUCCCCCUCAGUGCCAACCACACAGUGCCAACAGGCCGCAGCUGGUCCAGAAUCAGUGGCUCGUCAUAAGCUGAACAGCGGAGGGUAAUGGGAAGCGUGACAGGCUGCAGUAAUGUGUGCAAUUUCUGUUCUGGAGGUGCAAUUUGAUAAUAACGUGCAAUUUGAGGCUGAAAGCAAGAUUCCCCCUUCCAGCGGGUUUUACAUUCAGAGAUGAGAAGCCGGCUGCUUUGUCUGCAGGAAAGGCUUUGUGGGUCAGAGAGAGGCAUGUCUGAUGUGACAAAUGACUCUCUGAACUGGAAGGGUUUCAUUCCAAAAAUUCAUGCAUUAUUCUCCACAUGAAAUGUGAUAUUUUGCAAAAACACUUCCGUCUUGUAGGCAAAAGUAUAAACGUCAUUUGUAAUUGAUAUCAGGAAUAUAUGAUGUGCUUUACCUAAAUGUCAGGAUUUACCAAAACAAGACUUAAUGAUUAUUUUGGAUGGUUUUGUGUGUGUGUGUGUGUGUGUGUGUGUGUGUGUGUUUGAAAUGAAACUCUCGCCUGCUUUAUGCAGCUUUUUUUUUUUUUUUUUUUAAAUGUAUUUUCACAUCUUUGAGUAAUGAUGUCACUUUGGGUGUCAAGUGUUUGUGUUUGUGUAUAAAUCACCAAAAAUCCCCCCACCGUCCUCAGAGGAGGAAAAAAAGAAGAUGUGGAAGCUUCACUGUUGUGAACUUCACGAAGCUUGUGAUAAGCUCUAACUAACACAUAUUUCAUGCGUGUGCCAUGCCUGCUGGGGAUCAAUGUCUGUCGGUGUAAUAAGACUGGUGUGUAGACGUGCCAUAUGUGUGUGUGAGUGUGUGUCGUCGUACUGUGGGUUGGUGGGUGGGUGGGAUAUUAAAUGGGAAAUGGAGUUAAUUGUCGGCUAUGUGAUUAUCUCCGAGUGCGAUUAAUUUAGGAUGUGGUUUGGGGGGCUGAUGUCUUCCCCGCUGACUGAUUUGACAGCGACAUUGAAAACUGAACUGAUGGAGGCAUCUCACACCUUUUAAUUGGCUCUGGGACCCGAACAGAGACACUGUUAAAUGGAGCUGACUGUUGCCUUUAGCUGAGGUGGCUUUCAGACUGGGGGGGUGGGGAGGUUGGGGUGCAACACGCACUUCAGUAAUCUGUCAGUCUUGGACACUGUGUCAGUACCAGGAAAAAACCUUGUGACUUUGUUUCAUGUGAUUGUUUUUUAUAAUAUUGUUCUUUAUUGAACAGAAUGAUCCCAUGUUCCUUCACAGUUAAGGGAUCAUAAAACCCUUUAAACACACACCUUAAAAUCUCAACUUGAAAAGUUGCCGUUUGAUAUUAACAUAAAAGGUUUUCACUCAACAGCAGCCGUCGUCAUGAGUAACACUGUUUGAUUUCAUGUUUCACUGUGAUGUGAGGAGGGUGCAGUCGAAAUCCACACUAAAACAGAAUUCACUCAUUUCCUUCCACCUCAGUCAGUUCAUCAAAACACUUAAUCAAUCAGCAACCCCAGGAGACAACCAUCAAAAAGCCUCAAAUUUAAAUUUAUACUAAAAGUGUCUUAGCAAUGUUACACAACAGACCUGGGCUGUCUUCACACAAGUGUCCACUGUUGGCCAAAUCAUCAAAGAUAAUUGGAAUAACUUAUGAAAUAUCCUCAACUCGACCAAUGUGAGCUUAAAGGAACAGUUACAGAUUUUGGGCAACACGUUUAGAGUUACCACGCUCAUGAAUACACAGGAAAUGUGAAGCUGCAGCCAGCAGGCGAUGAGCUCAGCUUAGCAUGAAGACUGACAACACGGGGAAUCAAGUAGCCUAGCUCUUCAUGCUAAGCUAAGCUGACGUCAUCAUCUACAGGCCUGAGUGACAUUGAUCUUCUAAUCUAGCUCUUAGCAAAUGAGCAAAUGAGUGUAUUUCCCCAAAUGUUGAACUACCCCUUAAGGCAUUGGUUCCCAACGGGUCCAGCCACAGUGUCCAGAUUUCUCCUUAGUCAUGAGUUCAAGGUCCACAAAGCCUAAUAUAUUAAGCGUCAUACUUGCGUUUGGCCAUGUCGUCGAGCUAGUUUGUGGUCUCUGUUAAGUAGCUGUCUGUUUUCACUCACUCUACAACAGGAAACGACACUUCACAAAAAAAAGUUUGGGCUGGAAAUUCACUGUACUUCAAAAAUAAAAUGUGUUGGGUUUUUUUUUUACAAACUUAACACAUUCUUGAGUCACUUGCGGUCCGUGCAGAAUGGACCCAUGACCCACUUUUGGACCGCAACCCACCAGUUGGGAACCACUGCUUUAAGGGAACAGUCUUGUUGUCUUGCCCCACGUCAGAUCAAAAGACGGAUCAGUUUUAUUUUGGUGGAAAGCUGAACUUUAAAAAAAAAAAAAAAAAAAAAAAAAAACCAGUUACACUAGCAGUUUCCUCCUGUUUCCAGGUUUUGUGGUAAGCUAACGCUGGCCUUACACCAAGAAACUUUUCAAGCGAUUUCACUGUCACGGACAAACUUCCAGUGACACUACAUUGCAAGAGCACCGUCACUGCAUCCUUGGCUCAGUGCUGCCUGUAGCAGAAAGAUAAUCAGUGAUCCAAGACUAUUCUCGAGCGCUGACAUAGCGCCUUGGAGAUAGCUCUUGCUACGCAAGUCUAGCUGUAAGGUGGUCAUAAGGCUCUGUCCAAGCUGUCUUAACUCAGUCUGUUUCUCGUUGAACGUUUGAUCAAAUCAAUCAUCUUUAUUAAAAUCUGAAGUUCUUAGUCUUGGCUCAUGCAAAUACUGAAGUUCAAAGAUGUGAACAUUGUCAACAACCAACAGCUGCGCUCUCUCCAGCACCAAACAGGAAACCAGGUAGACAGUAAACAUGGAGAGCCUGGGAGGUGUGAGAACGUUAAAAAAGGGCCUGUCCCAAUACCCCCCCCUAGCCCUACCCCUUGGCCCUACACCUAGAUUUGCAUCUUCCCACAAAGGGUAGGGGUGUCCCAAUUCCUUUUUGCGUGUAGGGGUAGGGGGCAUAACGAGGGGUAGUGGGUAUGAAACUAGCCCUUCGGAGCGAGGGAUUUCAGAUGCUGACUUGACGGCAAGGGGUAGACGUCACCAUGGCUACCACCGAGAAAGAGACUGGGAAAAAAGUUCAUACAUAGUUAAUUUUACCGUCGUCAGGUUGCUUGUUAGCUAGCUAGCACGCACUAUCUGGCAUUUGUAAUCUGUCCUGUUCUGCAAAAUUGUUGAAUUUUCACAUUACAAUAACACGCCAGCUAGUAUAACUACGCUGCCUCGUAAUGUUAGCUGGUUAGCUAGCUAGCAGAAGUCGUCUGUCGUUCAUCAAACGAAGCAUGAUGAAUAUAGCAAACGCAAUCGGUAGGACUAACUCAACCAAAGACUCCACUGUAGAUACUGGUUGGAAAUGUAGAUGGCUCACGGCUUCCUGUUAAAAAUAGUUACGCAUGCGUGAAUGUGACCGACGAAGUGACGUAGUGACUGGUGUCCCAAUUCCUUGAGAAAGAUUUCAACCCCUACUCCACGUUGCUUCAUUUCAAGGGCCAAGGGGUAGUGGGCCAAGUGCUAUGGGGUAGUUGGCCAUUGGGAGUAUUGGGAGUAUUGGGAGUGGGCCAAAGUCUCGGUUCUCUUGGACCGGUGGCGUUGUGGAGUGAACAAGAGUCGGUUUUUAAUUCUGUGUGUAUCUGAUCCACCACCAACCCUUUGAAAUCGGUCGUCUCCCAUUCCAACAGUCUCCUCCCACUAGAAUAGCAUAGCUAACCAACACAAGCUAGUAGCUAGUUGAGGUGACAAGUUUGUACACCAGUACAGUUUAUUUUUAUGGAUUUUAUUGAUGCCAAAUUGACAAGAAUACUGUCGACAUACUGUAUGACACCUUUAAUUUUGUAUUUCUAGAGUUUGUGUUUCCAAGACACAAAAGGAAUUUUUAAUAUGUCUUAUGUCUUAAAGGGAGUUUGGUGUAAAAUUUUCCACCAGGAGCAGGAUGGGACAUAAUCUCAAAAGGAAUCUUGUUGUAGUCUUGCAAAUAGUGACACUGCAAGGUCCCCAGUCUUUGCAAAAUCUUAUAGUGUGACUAAAAACUCCCUUUGUCUUUAGAUUUGAGAAGGUGUCAGUCUUUCAAAGCCUUCAAAUGUAUGGUAGACAUAAGCUAGGCACCUCUUGGACCUAUAAAAUUGGUGUCAAUCUUUGUAUCUGACUCAGGGUAAAACAACAGUAAAGACUGUUCCUUUGAGUUUAAACAAAUGUACAUAACUGUACAGAAAGCAUGGUACAUACGGACAGUAUUUGGCUCCUAUUUGGAUCACCCAACAUAAAUAUUUUAAAAAAGAUAAAAUUCAGGAGGUAAUUAUUUGCUUAAAAAAAUUUAAAACUCUUUUCGUGAAUAUUCUGUUUUAGAGGUGAUUUCAAACAAUCCGAGGAGACUUGAUGCCUUUUAAAUGGGAUAUUUUAACAAAACAAAUCCUGAUUUUUCUUCUUCGUUGAGGCUAUGACUGUUUAUUCUGCACCCGAACUCUGUUGUUGUUGAUGUUGUUGUUUUUCUCUAACAGUCUUAAUCUUUUGAAUGUAAAAUUAGAUUUUUUUCCCUCCGUGUUUUUCAAGAGGCAAAGAGAAAAUGUUUACUUGUGUCACUUAUUCUACACAUGUGAGGACUGCAGAUGUAAUCAGUGUCGUUAUUUCCAUUCGUUCCGCAGUGUUCACCUCUCACACACUCUUUCACACACAAACACACACACACACACACACACACACACUCGAGCCUGUACCAGCCUGAUGUUUGGCACAAACAAAACCAAACCCAUUACUAUAAUCACCACUAUAAUGAGAAAAUAAGGAAAGAGCAUUCCAUGUCUCUGUAAUUGUUGUUCAACAAGUGAGAGAAUCGAGACUGGAAAUGGAAAAAAAAAAAAAAAAAAUGAACGACACAGAGGUAGUUUAACAAGUGCCUGAACAAAAACCUUCUUCUACUGUGCUUUGAAUACAUUGAAUACUGUUUUAUUGACUUUUUCUUGAGUGUCACAGUUUUUUGUUUUUUUUUUUAAGCUGUUGUGUUUUCUCUGCUUGAUGAAGUCUGAGAGGCAGUGUGGGGGCGGAGGCCAGCGGUUGAUCAGUGUACGUAUCCCACUCAGAUUGAGAUUAUAGCCUGAUGACUAAUGACACGACCGACUCACUGCCUUCGUCUGCUUUGGGUUCAGUUUUUGGCAGAAAAGCUGAAUGCAAAUAUCUGGAACACGGAAAGUAAAACACUAGAUGUAACAACAUUUACAUUGAAGCUUUUAAGACAUUAAAAUUAUUCAGGAAAUAUAGAAGGAUAAGAAAUGGUUCAGGUCCCACAUUAUCCGGCUGUUGCAGUUUUAUUUUAAAUGCACCGUGACUCCCAAAUUAAAAGAAAACAAAAAGUGAGACAGCGUAGAGCCUUUGGAGGCCUGUGCUACAAACUGUGAAUAUAGGGUUUGGACCAGGCAGGGAGGGUCUACUGAAUGACACUAUUGCAUUAUGGGAACUGUAGGAUCCUAACAUGGAGGCUAACUCGUGCUACAGACUAAAAGUCAGGAUAUUCUGCUGUAUUAAUUUUGACCAUAAGUUUUAAAUCUGUCUCUUGGCCUGUCCUCCAUCUGUACAGAAGUGCAAACCUGAAUUAAAAGGGUUUAAACCGGUUUAAAAGGGAUAGUGGUGAAGCCAUUAAAAGACUGAUUAAGUGCCGCACAGUACUGAACUCUGAUUGGCUGACAGAAGCAGCUCUGCAAGCUCAACUGAGGCAAACCCAACAUGUCCUUUAACCCGUACGACCACAGAAGAUGUUUGUUCCUACUCCUCCUAACGUCAGAGCACUAGGAGCGCUGUGAGCCCCCUGCUGCAUCACCGCAUGUCGCCAUAUCUUAACCAAAAAGUUAAACACAAACACACCAAACUGACAGCAAACAAGCGUGUAUGUUCCGUGCCUGCGUGAGAGGACAUACCCCUCUAUACCAGCAGAUGGCAGUAGUCUGUGACCAUCAUUCACAAAGGGAAACUGUAAUGGUACGUUCGUUUUGUACUUGGAGGUCGGAAAUUCCCAGUUCCCAGUCGGAAGUUUAAACUCGAAUGUACCCUGAGAUUGGAUUUCCAACUCGGAAAGUCAGAGCAACCACAUCAACCCCGACUUACGAAUUCAAGAUGGCUGCCGGUCACAUACAUAGUGAGUAAACGCUCUGCUAAAGUACUGUUUAUAGCAAUUUUAUCUUAUUUGUUUUACAGUAGGUCAGCCUCAUCUGCGACGUUCAUCAGUUGGAGUGCAUGAUGGUUUUGAAGCUGUCUAUACUCCGAAAGUGCACGGGCAACAAAGGCUUUCUUGCGGGCGUCCAUGUUUUUUUCUGACUUGUCCACUGUUGUCAACUAGAAUGCAAAAACGGUUGUCAGCUCAGAGGUGACGUCAUUCCCACUUCUGACUUCCGACCUCCGAGUACAAAACGCACCAUAAGGCCAUCUUAAUGCUAGUUAGCCCGUUAGCACAUUAACAACACUAAUCAAUGUUGAGAGAACAGAACAUAUUUACCGUGCGGCAGCGCAAAUACAGCGCAAUGCGUUGCCAUCAGCUGGUUUUGCUAACGAUGGCUAACCUGGCUAGAAGUGGUAUUGGGAACAACUGACUUGUUGUACUGGAAUGCGGUCAACUCAGGUGUGCAGCCAUUCACAGCUCCAACCUCUGACUUCAGAGGUAAUUGGAAUGAAGAAUAAAAAUUUGGGAUCGUUUUUUGGAGGACAGUCUCAGCAAAUCUGGUGUGUGAAGUUUUUCUGGUUUAGCUAAAUGGGUAUAUCAGUAAUUGUUGGUUGAAGGGACCCAAACAGGACCAAAGCUACUGAUGCUACCUUAACCUGAGCUACUGGGAACAAGGGAUUCAUUCUUGAAAUUCAAAUUUUUAAAUCUAAAUUGGUUAGAAGAAAGUUAAGCGCUAACACUUACUCCUGCCCUCGGACCUGAGACAGAGUUUGCUCAGUUGAAACAGACAUUAAGCUUUUUUUAAAAUCUUAUUUAACAUCAACUAAAAUAAUUUCCUAACACAGAGCACCUUCAAUUGUGACUUUAAGUUCACAAUAUGAUAAAGACAAUCUAAGAUCAAAGGUCCACUUAUGAGUUUUCAAACACAUCUCACAGUCUUCACUCAGCGAAUGGAUCUGGCUCAGGUGUCAUUAAUGAUCUACACGCAGACAUUUCAAAGCUCUUAUCAGAGUAAAGGCCAUAGUCAAGUUCCAAAACUUGAAACUGGCUUGAAACAGUCAUAUUAACACAAGUGAUUGUUCACCUUCUGUUGAAGAUGUAGAGAAAGUCUACAGCUGAUCCUACUUACACCAGAACUUAUCCUGUAAAAUAUUCUGGUAAAUAAAAUCUAGAUAAUGUGGGACCUUAUGAACGAACCGUCUGACACACGUGCUGUAUGUUUCACACGAGGCUUUGUCCCUGUUUCUGCACCUUUAAACACUGAAACGCAUCUGAACACUGAAACCUGAGGCCUGUUGUUGUCACAAAGCCAUAAUGUCACUUUUGUCGUUUCUGAUGAAUUUGUUGCAAGAUGAUGAUGUCAUGAAAAAAAAAAAAAAAAAAAAGCAUUUGGGCUUUUAAAUGGGAAUGAAUCCACAGAGGAACAAUAAAGAAAAAAUGCAUGAAAUUCAACUGGAUUACGAGCUUCUUUUUUUGUGUUUUUACUGAGCAAAGGUGUGUGAGAGGCCGCAGGGAG